ACUCAGUUCUACAACAGAGCUAGAGAAGGGCUUGCACAGCUAGCUGCAAGUGCUCUUGUUGAUGUGUGUGGAGUGUAAAAAUAGGCUAGAUAGUUAGGAAAAGUGUAUAGGGCCCAAGAAUCAACUUAUAAUUUUAUUUAUUGGCUUCCUAGCCUGUUGACCUUAUUCCAUAUAUGGCAUUUUCAAACUUCAUACUUUGCAUAACCAUGUGUUUUUCAAUAUCAGGUGAUCUGCAUCUCUUCAAGAGGCAAGCUGAUAGCCACGGCCAUGGCUCAGAGACUGCAGCCGAUCCCAUGUGCCCUGUUACCGAGGAAGUGUUGACCCAUGAGUUCAACGAGCUAGCUGAGCAGCUGUCUCUCACUGGACCAGACGGCCUCCCCUGUAUGGUGGAGGAACACGGGCACGAUGAAAACGAGACGGAGCAUGAUAAGGAUACCCCCGGGUCUCAACUGAAUCUCACCUGUGAGAGUACGUUUGAAUUUGUGGAGCAGCUGGUACUGAGGUUGAAUCUGACGAGUGAUUGUUGCCUUGAGAACGGAACAGCAUGUGAGGAAGGAGCAACUGAGUCAACAGUACCGAGAACUCAAGUGUCUCAAGCGUAUGGCUAUGGUUUCCUGAUGAUAGUUGUGGUGAGUGCGUGCUCACUGCUGGGCGUGUUCUUUGUGCCUCUUAUAAAGAAGAGCACUAAAGUUGGACAGCUGUACAAGUACUUCUACUCGUUGAUGAUAGCUCUGGGAGCUUCAGCCUUGUUCUGUGACGCUGUACUGCAUCUUAUACCAGAGGCGUUUGGUCUCCAUGGUCACUCAGGGGAGGAGGAGGCUGGUGCUGAAGAGGAUCAGUCGUUCAUUGGGAAGGGCUGUGUUAUCAUCGCUGGCACUUACUUCUUCUUUCUGUUUGAGACCAUCCUCCACACUUGGAACCCUCACGACCACUCGCACGGGAUUGACUCUUUGUCAAAGGGUGACAAAUCUGAGAAAGCCACUGAGACCACAGAAAAUGGCGUUUCUAACUCGCUAUCAAAUGGAGUGGAUGUUAAUAGCGAUGACACUUCAUUGAUGGAGGGGGAGAGUCAUGAGAAAGGCAGACAAGUGCUAUCUACGAUGUGUAUUGAGCCAACUGUACCUCAUGGCAGAUGUAAGGACACUGGGUCAACCUCUAUGCCGGGUAUACUCCAUCCUGGUGGUGCCAUGGAGUCCUCAGAUCAUAAGCCCUCUUCUUAUGAGUCUAAGAACCUCUACCUGAAACUGGUCUACUACGUCAGGAACAUCAAACCUCUAGCCUGGCUCAUUAUAUUUGGAGAUGCUAUCCACAACUUUGCUGAUGGUUUGGCUCUGGGGGCAGCCAUUGCUCAGAGCCUCUCUCUUGGAGUCAGCACUAUGAUCGCUCUCAUCUUCCACGAGAUACCUCACGAACUAGGUGACUUUGUGAUCCUUAUGUCGACUGGGAUGACGUGGUACGUUGCUCUCCUCUUCAACUUCUUCUCUGCUCUCACGGCUGUCGUCGGGUUCUUUGUGGGCGUGGCUAUCAGUACAACCAGUGAGGAUGCCAACGGUUGGAUACUGGCCGUGGCAGCUGGGGUCUUCCUCUAUAUUGCCCUCGUCGAUUUGUUGCCCGAGCUGAUCCACUCCAAUGAGAAGGGAAGGUCUCGCUGGGUUAUGUUUCUCAUGGCUAACAUUGGGCUGAUCAUCUCUUUUGUGGCUCUGCUCUUGUUGGCUAUUUAUGAAGACGCGCUGAACUCCCUUGUUUCAUUGUAAGACUUUAAUUUUACACCCAUUUUGUAGUUUGAGUUAAUUGUAGGUUUAAUUUUUGUAGGUUUGAAUCGUUGAUAGCUAUUAUGUUAAUUAUACUGUUUUUCUGUGAUUGACAUUAUUGUAGUAUUAAAAUUGUAUGAUAUAUAGAAUUACAAUGUGAAGCAGUUUUAUAAUUAUUAUAAAUAAAGUCCUGUGUUGUCAGA